UGGACCCGCCCCUUAGGCCUCCCACCAAUGAGGAGCCGCUUCUCCCUGGUCCCGCCCCUUCCCCGCUGUCAUCACAGAACCGCACGUGGAGGAGGCGGGGCGGGGGGCGGGUCCAUACGCAGACGUCACCACCCUGCGCCUUGCCAUUGGUUGUGCGGCCGUGUGGUCUCCACGCCCGGCCCAUGCAGCGUCAAAAUCGCCAAUCAGCAAGAGGGGGCGUGGUCAGGGGAGGGGCCUGAGUCCAGACCCGGAAGCGGCUGAGGGAGCGUCUCGGCGGCGGUCGGUAGUUGGCGUCGGGGCAGCGGGCGCUGCGGAGCCGGGACUCGGGUUUUGUUUUGAUCUGAUUCCCUUGAGCGGAGGCUGCAGGCUUUGGAACAGAGCCGACCUGUUGAUCAUCUGCGGUUGGAGCUAUUGGUGCCUCCAGCUGAAACCCACAGAGAGCAGCUGCAGGAAGACGGAGGUGCCAUGUCUGACGUGCUGGUGGGAUUGUGAGUGUGCAGCCGUUGCUGCAGUGGCUGGAGCGAUGCUGCGUGGGGUCCGUCUGCUGCUGCCCUGCAGUCCGGCCUAGCCCAUGGAGGGUGCCUUGGAGCAGUGCUGCUGAACAGGCCCGAGAGCCAGCCAGGCCCCUGCGGUGCUUUGGAGGCAGAUCCCGACGCCCGUGAUGGUGGGAGCCAUUCCUCGGCAGCCGCGCCGCUUCUGGGGGGUGCCCGGAUGGCAGGUGUCUCCAGCUAGCUGUGCCAACGACCGUCUGCUGCUGGGGCAGGAGAGCUGCUCGGCGAGGGGUGGGUGAUGCGGCGCUGCAGUGCACUCCCUAGCGGAGGGCUUGUCCGGAGGGAAGGGGUCUGACACACCACCGCCUUUCCUCAGCCCUGUGACCUCGUGACACCAGACACCCCUGCCCUGCCGCUGUAUGGGCUGUUUCGUCCUUGGCUCUGGUUGGGCUCCAGCCCGCUAAGGCUCCAUGCGGCACAUCCAUGCUGAGGCGUCCCUCCCCCAGGAGCAUGGCACGGACUCGGGCCUGUCCCGGCCAGGUGGCCAGGCGGCCUUGGAGCCCGCCCCGGAGCGCUGCCCCCGCCGCAGCAUCGUGAUGGGCUACAACAAGACGGAGAUCAAGCGCCAGAAGGUUUACCAGGUCUCCAUCUUCUCCCACCUCUCCAGCUCCUCCGAGCCGGCAGACCAGAGAGCUGGGGGUGGGCGGCAGGCCAUCAAGAGAGGGUACCCAGAGCAGUGGGCUCCGGAGGCUGGGCGAGAUCCCAAGCGAGCCCACUGGGGGGGCCCGGGGGCUGAGGCCAGGCAGGCCGGAGUCCCUGGGGAGCUCCACCCUGGCCAGGACUCCCCAGACGACGACGCCUUGGAGGACGGGCUGCUGGUGGAGGAGCUGUCCCUUUGCGGCUCGGCCCAGCACUUCUCCCACAGCGGCCUGCGAGUGGUGGAGCACCGAUGUGAAGGCAGCCCUGGCCGGCCAGGGGCCCGGGAGGGCAGCCCCAGGGCCUGCAGAGAGGACAGAUUGCAGGAGGCUGCCUCCUCCUGGCCACAGCACACAGCUUGCAGCACUUUGCACAUGAGAGACAGUUCCCCUGCCCAGCUUGGGGAUGGCCCCUUGGGGAGUCCCAGAGCCUGUGGCUCAGUGGGGGGCAGGGAGCUCCCCUGGCUGGCUGGAGCCAGGGAGCAGCCUGUGGAGGGGAACGGGGCCCAGAGGGAGGAAAGGGCUAGCAGCCAAAAUCGACUUGACAUUGAUUUGCACAAUAUUGCACAAAAACCCUGGACAGCCUCGGGUGGGAGGGAGGAGGAGCAGCCAGGGGGCAGCCCCGCCCACAGCAACGGGGCUGGUAGAGAAAGGGAGCAGCUGGCUGGGCACAAGGAGCCCAGCACCCCCCGGGUGGCCCCGGACCCCGAGAGCAACGGCCUGGGCUCCUUGGAAAAAACGCCCUGUGUGGGCAGCAGGCUCCCCGGGGCCGGCGGGGGCAGCUGCGCGGCUAAGAGGAAGCUGCUGCCCUCGGGCGAAGGAGUGGCGGACUCGUGUUCGGAAGACGAGAGCGUGGUGCCGGCGAGGAAGAAGAGGCCCCCCCUGUGCCACCCCAUCCUGACCGCCUGCCGCAGCACCGACGCCAAGGGCGCCCCCUUCUGGAACCACCUGCUUCCAGGAGCCAAGAGUUCGGCAGGUGGCACGGCGGUGGGGCGAAGGCUAAAGAGCGGGCUGCGCCUGAAAUCGAGACAUCUCCGCAGCAGCCUCCGGACGGGGCCUGUGCGCACCCGGCCCUCCGCAGCGGCCUGGGCCACCACCUCCUUCAGCCACGCUCUGCUGGGGAACUUUGAGGAGUCCAUCCUGAAGGGGCGCUUCGCCCCGUCGGGCAGGAUUGAAGGGUUCACUGCGGAGAUUGGGGCCAGCGGCUCGUACUGCCCCCAACACGCCACCUUACCCGUCGACGUGACCUAUUUCGACAUCUCGGAACACAGCGCACCCUCGCCUUUCCUGGGAGUGAUAGACUUGGAGGCCUUGGGAAAGAAGGGGUACAGCGUCCCCAAAGCUGGAACCAUCCAAGUGACCUUAUUUAACCCUAACAAAACUGUGGUGAAGAUGUUCCUGGUGACGUACGAUUUCCAGGACAUGCCAGCCCACCACAUGACGUUUCUGCGUCACCGCAUCUUCCUGGUGCCCGUGGGGGAGGAGGGGCCCGGCGAGACACCCAGCGACCCAGCCGGUGCCAGCCCGCCCAGGAGGGUCCUCUGCUACCUGAUGCACCUGAGGUUUCACAGCUCCAAGUCGGGGAAGAUCUACCUUCACGACGACAUCCGGCUGCUCUUCUCCCGCAAGUCGAUUGAGGUCGACUCGGGGAUCCCCUACGAACUGAAAUCCUUCACAGAGAUGCCAAGGAACCCCUGCUACUCACCCCGGGCCUGAGCGCGGGGAGCCCCACGCCCCCUCUCCACCCUCCCCCCUGCACUUCGUAGACAAGUAAAGGGCAAGAGAGCA